CCCGCUGCCCUCCUGCUUCGGAGCCCGUGAGCUCCAGCCGAGCUUUCCCGCGGUGCACGGUCUCACUGGAUACUUGGGGAGAUAGGAGAAAUACAAAAAUCAAACCAACGAAAGGAAAAUCAAACCUUGGGCCGCAAACCGGUUGGUUCCUUCCAGUUGAGCCCCUUCCUGGGAUCUGAUUACACUGAAUCAGCACCUCCUUCUGAGCGAGAUCCCUCGGCGAUCCCGAUUCUGUGUAUCUGCUGGAAAGUCAACUGCGCAGCCGAAGGUAGAAGCCCAGUUCAAAACUACCUGUCACGGCACCACCCAGAGACAACUGCUCCGAACAACACUGGACGCUUCUCAUCCUAGGAAGAAACUCGAGAAGAAGUUUUUGAGACGUAAAGAUUAGAUGGGGCUUGACCUCUGCUGGGCAGCCCCCAGCUGUAGAAGUUCCCAACUGAGCUGGGAAGAUGACUGCAGACGUGAGAGAGACCGUGGCCUUGGCCCCUUGGGGCUCAGUGACAGUGAAAGAGGAGGAGGACGAAGAAGAGAGGCUCCUGCGUCAGGCCCCCAGGCCACAGCUGUGCUCUGACCACAUCAAAGUCUGGGCCCCCGGGGAGGGUCUUCGGACAGGCCUGGAUGGAUCAGAACAGGAGGAGAAGGGUCAGAACGUGUUCUGGGACAUGGCAGUGGUUCUGAAAGCAAGGAAGGAGGCACCUGCUGGAUCACUCCCUGGCGACUACUCAUUACCUGGGGCCCACGGAGUAUCUGCUCAGGUGAUCAUGGGCAAGAGUGAGAGACUGGAGCCUCCGGGAGACAUGACUUCUCUAGGUGCUGAAAUCAGAAGCACACCAUCAUUGGUUUUGAAAACCGAGAUGUGUGAUGAAACAGAAAAACCAUUUAUUCUGUUAGGAAGAAUCCAGAAAGCUGACCCCGGAGAACUUGAGUUAGGAGAAACCUGUGAAGAGGGGAACACGUUAAAGAAACAAAGAAUCAAGAGGGAAAAGAAAGAUUUCAGACAAGUGACAGUGAAAGAGUGCCACUCACCUGACAGCUUCAAAGAAGAAGGAGACCAGAAGUGUCACAUCCCUAGGGAAAGACACGGCCUUAGUUCUGACCCUGUUAAGAAUCAGAAAAUCCAACCGGGGCAGAAGCCCUUUACCUGUAGCGUGUGCGGGAAGGGCUUUAGUCAGAGUGCAAACCUUGUUGUGCAUCAGCGAAUCCACACCGGGGAGAAGCCUUUUGAAUGUCACGAGUGCGGAAAGGCCUUUAUUCAGAGUGCAAACCUCGUUGUGCACCAGAGAAUCCACACUGGACAGAAACCGUAUGUUUGUUCAAAAUGUGGGAAAGCCUUCACUCAGAGUUCAAAUCUGACUGUGCAUCAGAAAAUUCACUCCUUAGAGAAAACCUUUAAGUGCAGUGAGUGUGAGAAAGCCUUCAGUUACAGCUCUCAGCUUGCUCGGCACCAGAAAGUGCACAUCACCGAAAAGUGCUAUGAGUGCAAUGAGUGUGGGAAAACAUUUACUCGGAGCUCCAACCUCAUCGUCCACCAGCGGAUCCACACUGGGGAGAAGCCCUUUGCCUGUAAUGACUGUGGCAAAGCCUUCACCCAGAGUGCUAAUCUUAUCGUGCAUCAGCGAAGCCAUACUGGUGAGAAGCCAUAUGAGUGUAAAGAGUGUGGGAAAGCCUUUAGCUGUUUUUCACAUCUCAUUGUGCACCAGAGAAUUCACACUGCAGAGAAGCCAUACGACUGCAGUGAGUGUGGGAAAGCCUUCAGUCAGCUCUCUUGCCUUAUUGUCCACCAGAGGAUUCACAGCGGAGACCUUCCUUACGUGUGUAAUGAGUGUGGAAAGGCCUUUACGUGUAGCUCAUACCUGCUUAUUCACCAGAGAAUCCACAAUGGGGAGAAGCCUUACACAUGCAGUGAAUGUGGCAAGGCCUUUAGACAGAGGUCAAGCCUCACUGUACACCAGAGAACCCACACUGGGGAGAAGCCCUACGAGUGUGCCAGGUGUGGUGCGGCUUUCAUUUCUAACUCUCACCUGAUGAGACAUCACAGAACCCACCUAGUUGAGUAACACUGAUGGAGAGACCUUCCUCUAGGCCAGGGGUUCUCAACCUGUGGGUCGCGGCCCAUUUUGGGGGUCGAACGGCCCUUUCACAGGAGUUACCCCAUUC